AUGGAAUUGGCCUCACCUGUAACAUUUCUGUAUAGUUUCUUGACCCCAUCUCCAUUCGAUGAUAAUGAUGAAUCUUUAAUUCCUUCUUAUACCACGACACAAAAAAUACUCGCAUCAUUAUAUUUAAUUCAUUAUUUUAAUAGGACAUUAAUUUAUACUUAUAGAGCGCCAAAUGUUGCUUCAAUCCAUUUAACAACAAUAUUAAGUGCUGUGAUCUUUAAUGUAAUUAAUGGAUAUAGUAAUGGUAGAUGGAUUUCGGUAUUUGGUAAUUAUACUGAGGAAAGAUGCCAGGAACCAUUAUUUAUUUUAGGGGUGUUAAUAUUUUUCAUUGGAAUGUGGAUAAAUAUUGAACACGAUAACAUUUUAUUUAAUUUAAGAAAGGAAAAUACUUCCAAAAUUUCAUCAAAUGAAAAAUCAGUUAUAGAUUCAAAACUUGUUGAUGAUUUUGAAAAUAAUAGAAAAAAAACGUAUUUCAUUCCAAAUGAAGGAUUAUUUAAUUAUGUUUGUUGUCCAAAUUAUCUUGGCGAAACCAUCGAAUGGAUUGGAUUUGCAAUUGCUUGUUGGUAUAGUUUACCCGCAUUAUUAUUUGCUAUCAUGACUCCUGCGAAUUUAUUUCCAAGAGCAAGGAAAACUUUUCAAUGGUAUAACGAAUCAUUCAAAGAAUACCCAAAAAAUCGAAAGGUUAUUAUUCCUUUUGUUUGGUGA